AUGAGUUUCUUGAGCCACAAAAACAGCCGCUGGACCAGCUACCAGUUCCGAUCCGAUAAAACUCGACUGGUCUGCACAGAGGCCCCGACCUCAACCCCGUCCAACGCCUUCGGGAUGAACUGGAAAACCGACUGGGAACCAGACCGGAUCCCCCAACAUCAGCGCUCGCGUGGCCCCAAUGCGGGCGAAUCCCUUCAGCCAGGUGCAGCGGCGGGCGGAAGGAGCGGAACCCAUGGAAAGCGCGGGCUGUUGGAGCAGCGCGCUACCGCCCACGGUUUACACCAAGUUGAUGCGGAGGUGAUGGACGGUCCUCUCCGCCGCCCAGCGGGGAUCCUCGGCUCCCCCCCGGCCUCUGGGAGCCAGCCCGCGGGCUCCGACAUGCUCACCCCCGGCGGCGGCAGCAGCAAGCCUCUCGCUUUCUCCAUCGACCGGAUUAUGGCCAGGACGCCCGAGCCCAAGUCGAUGCCGCUCCCCGGCUGGUUCCAGUCCGCUCCCGUGGGGAAACCCGACGUCUGUCCCUCCUCGCUGCAUUGUAUGAUCCCGCUGGUGCCGCUCGGGUACGAGCCGGGCCACCGGCUCAGCAUCACCGGCCUGGAUCCGGGCCACUUCGACGCGUCUCCUGUCGCUGCUCCCGCAGACUUUUUGGGCUUUGGGUUGAACUAUAAGAACCAGCAGGAGGACUCCGCUGCGAGCCAUCCCGCGGGCCAGUACAAACUCUUCAGACCCCGGGUGGUGAAUCAGUCCUCCUUCCCCACCAUGGGCACCGUGUGCUACCUGAACUGCAGCGGGGACGGCGGCGCCUGUGCCCCUCCGGCCGGCCUGGUCAACCUGCACCCGAUGGCCUCGUACCUGCUCACGGCCCGGCACAAAGCCUUCAUGGCCGAGAAGAGCAAGCCGGGCCUGCAGCAGGCCGGGGAGCGGUACCCGGUGUCCGGCGUGCAGGCCUUCAAGGAGCUGUCUCAGAGCCAGAUCCAGCACUACAUGAAGGAGCGGGACCAGAUUCUCACCGACAAGAUCUUCAAGGGCUCCGCGGCCGCGACCGCCCGGCUGGCCGGCUCCGGUCCCGGCAGCAAGCCCAAGGUUUUCACCUGCGAGGUCUGCGGCAAGGUGUUCAACGCGCACUACAACCUGACCCGCCACAUGCCCGUGCACACCGGCGCGCGGCCCUUCGUGUGUAAAGUCUGCGGGAAGGGCUUCCGACAGGCGAGCACGCUGUGCCGACACAAGAUCAUCCACACUCAGGAAAAACCGCACAAGUGCAACCAGUGCGGGAAAGCCUUCAACCGGAGCUCCACCCUCAACACGCACACGCGCAUCCACGCGGGAUACAAACCGUUCGUCUGCGAGUUCUGCGGGAAAGGAUUUCAUCAGAAAGGCAACUACAAGAACCACAGGCUGACGCACAGCGGGGAGAAGCAGUUCAAGUGUUCGAUCUGCAGCAAGGCGUUCCACCAGGUGUACAACCUCACCUUCCACAUGCACACGCACAACGACAAGAAGCCCUUCACCUGCCCCACCUGCGGCAAGGGCUUCUGCAGGAACUUUGACCUGAAGAAACACGUCCGGAAGCUGCACGACCCGGCCAGCCCGCAGUCGCCCCCCCAGGCCUGA